CGUGAUGACCACACAGCCGGGGCGGUGCAGAGGUGCUUUCUCCUCGGGAGGAAAAGGCCUGGCUACUUCCUGAAGCUGCUCUCGGCCAGGAAAGGCAGCAUGGAAGAAGGGGUGAUCUAUCCUCUGUCAGACUCCCCUGCUGUGAAGAUGUCCCAGCCAUCCCCAGCUGAUGAAGGCCCCACCUUCGAGCACCUCUGGAGCUCACUGGAACCAGACAGCACCUACUUUGACCUGCCUCCAGCCAACCCCAGCAGCAGCAAUGAGGUCUCCAACAGCACAGAGGUCACGAUGGACGUGUUCCAGAUGAGAGGCAUGACUGACUCGGUGAUGUCCCAGUUCAAUUUGCUGAACAACAGCAUGGAUCAGAGCAUCGGCAGCAGAGCAGCCUCCACCAGCCCCUACAGCUCCGAGCACACCUCCAAUGUCCCAACGCACUCGCCCUACUCGCAGCCCAGCUCUACCUUCGACGCCAUGUCCCCGGCCCCCGUCAUCCCCUCCAACACCGACUACCCUGGUCCCCACCACUUCGAGGUGACCUUCCAGCAAUCCAGCACCGCCAAAUCAGCCACCUGGACAUACUCCCCACUGCUGAAGAAGCUCUACUGUCAGAUUGCCAAGACAUGCCCCAUCCAGAUCAAGGUGUCCACCUCACCACCCCCGGGCACCAUCAUCCGGGCCAUGCCCGUCUACAAGAAGGCAGAGCACGUCACCGAGGUGGUGAAACGCUGCCCCAACCACGAGCUGGGCCGCGACUUCAAUGAUGGCCAGUCAGCCCCUGCCAGCCACCUCAUCCGGGUGGAAGGCAACAACCUGUCCCAGUACGUGGAUGACCCGGUGACAGGGAGGCAGAGCGUGAUGGUGCCCUAUGAGCCCCCGCAGGUGGGGACCGAGUUCACCACCAUCCUGUACAACUUCAUGUGCAACAGCAGCUGCGUGGGAGGGAUGAACAGGAGGCCCAUCCUCAUCAUCAUCACCCUGGAGACGAGAGACGGCCAGGUCCUGGGGAGGAGAUCCUUCGAGGGGCGGAUCUGUGCCUGUCCCGGCAGGGACAGGAAAGCUGACGAGGAUCAUUUCCGAGAGCAGCAAGCCCUGAACGAGAGCACGGCCAAGAACGGCAACGCCAACAAGCGCACCUUCAAGCAGAGCCCCCAGGGCAUCCCAGCACUGGGCACUGGCAUUAAGAAACGGAGGCAUGGGGAGGAGGAGAUGUACUACGUGCCUGUGCGAGGCCGGGAGAACUUUGAGAUCCUGAUGAAAAUAAAGGAGAGCCUGGAGCUGGUGGAGCUGGUCCCACAGCAGCUGGUGGAUUCCUACCGGCAGCAGCAGCAGCAGCUCCAUCAGAGGCAGAGCCAGCUGCAGACACCUUCCUCCUACGGCCCAGUCCUUUCCCCCAUGAAUAAAGUCCACGGAGGAGGAAUCAACAAGCUGCCCUCUGUGAACCAGCUGGUGGGGCAGCCUGCCCAGCAUGGCUCCAGUUCUGCGCCCAGCCUGGGCCCCAUGGGACCUGGAAUGCUGAACAGUCACUCCAUGCAGACCAAUGGAGAAAUGAACGGGGGCCACUCCUCCCAGUCCAUGGUAUCGGGGUCACACUGCACCCCCCCUCCACCCUACAACGCCGACCCCAGCCUCGUCAGUUUUUUAACAGGAUUGGGGUGUCCAAACUGCAUCGACUAUUUCACCUCACAAGGGUUACAGAAUAUUUACCACCUGCAGAACCUAUCCAUAGAGGAUCUCGCAGCACUGAAGAUCCCGGAGCAGUACCGCAUGAUCAUCUGGCGGGGUCUGCAGGAACUCAAGCAGAGCCACGACUACGGGGCCCAGCAGCUGAUCCGCUCCAGCAGCAGCAACGCCUCCACCAUCUCCAUCGGCAGCUCGGGCGAGCUGCAGCGGCAGCGGGUGAUGGAGGCCGUGCACUUCCGCGUGCGCCACACCAUCACCAUCCCCAACCGCGGCACCGCCGACGACUGGGCCGACUUCGGCUUCGACCUCCCGGACUGCAAAUCCCGCAAACAGUCCAUAAAGGAGGAGUUCACGGAGGGAGAGAUCAACUGAGGGGCUCCUGAGGUGGCAGCGAGACACAGGUGGGGUGACAAACCCCCACCACCCCUCAAAAUGUAUUUGCAGCCUUGGGCACCUGGAGAAGUUAAGGUUUGUUACAUCCAGGGGAACUGCGGGCCCUGAGCCAGGCAGGAGGUGCCUGCCUGGGGAGGAAACUGGAGGGUAAGAGGAGGAGGAAGGAAAGGAGGAGGGCAGCCGAGCCAGCUCAGCAGCCAGACAGGGAUUUCUGCCUGCCCAUGGCACAGGAGGCACUGUGUGGUUUGUGUUUUCCUGGAGCAUCCCUGCAUCCAGCAGUGUAAGGACAGCACAUUUUUGUCAUCCCUGCUCGCCAUCCGUGUUCUUCAUGGUGUCCCAAACUGAGAGGGCUUUGUCACUGCAACAGACUCAGCCCUGACGUGGCCUGUGCAGGCAUUGCCAGGGACUGGUGGAAGCCACAUCCUGCUUUUCCAUGGACUGCCAAAUGCACCCCUUCCCUCAGCCCUCUGUAGAGCCAGAAAGACACUGUUUGUCCAUUACCAAUGUGUUCUUGUACUUAAAGUUUGGUGUAUAUAAACAGAAUGUACAUACAGUAAACUCGUUGUGCUGUAAGGAGAGAGAAAGAUUUAUUUUCAUGUAAGCUAUAAAAAUUGAUACUGACUCCUGA